UAUAUGCGAUGUAAUAUUUUUCAGUUAUGCUUUAUUGUUAUAUUACCAAUAUAUAGUUCCAAAUAAACGUUUUGUGCAUACGUUAAGCAUAUCGUUAAGAUUUGCCGCUCAACUAAAGUAUGCUCUCUUUUAGAAACUUUAAUUUUUAAUGAAAAACCUAUGAAUAUGUUUGAUAUAUAUCUCGUACGGAUAUCAAUAAGAUUCUAUCUGAAAGAAAAUGACGGUCCAAACUUGAAGUCGCCAUUUCCUCUUCACCUAGGUAAAAUUGAAUCGACAUCAGAAAUGAGACCACGAGGCGAAAGAACUAAGCCACUAGAGUUUUCUAUUUUGACGGUUUACUAAAUAUAAUCAAGUGUUUGUUUCUUUGCUCGAAUCUUUUGAAUUUGUUCGUGAUCGUUAAGAAAUCGAAAAGCCAAGCUACUCGACUUCAUAUUGUCGUUUUAUAUAAAUACAAAUAUUACAAAGAAAAUAUGAUAUAAUAUAAGAUAUGUCAAUUUCCGAAGCAAACUAGAUAUGUAGGCUUCUCAUGACCUACAAAGAACACAAUCCAACCAGCUAUCUUUUGCCGCCCUAUUAUAUUUAACGUUCGUAUUUAUCCUUACUAUCUCUUUCAUUUCCAAAACUUGCUCUUCUUCAUUAAAUUCAAAAAAAACAUCCGUAAUCCCCAGAAAGAAUAAGAAAAAAAUAAUAAAGUCGCAAUUAACAAUUAUACAGAGUAUCCACUGAAAUAAAAUUCACAUAUAGGAAAACAUUUUUAUAUGUUAUAGACAAUUUGACAUUGACAAGUACUACUGUGUUAUCUCUCUUUUUCUAUUAGCCGCAGUUUAUGAUAAAUUAAUUAUUAUAAACGCAACAUUUUUAUUAAAAAACAUGAAUAGAUCCAAAUUGUUUUUUGUUUUCUCUUUCCAUUUGUCUCUUCUCAUAAAAAGUAGCCUCUUUUUUACCAUCUCAGCCGCUCCACACGAUGUUUUCAGAGUCUCUAGCACAAAAAACAACACGCAUGUCACUGUCUCUCUCUUCAUUUGACUCUGUUCCACUCCCUCACUAACUCGCUAUAUAAAUAUAAGAGCCUCCCCAUGAAUUUCAUGCAUCAUUCAAACCAACAUGCAGAAAAACGCCUUUAAACCCUAAUCUCUCCCCAAACAAAAAACAACUUUUAGACACACAAAUAAAUGGAAAACGAAGGAAACGUUGGAACGGCAAGCAGUUCACGAUGGAACCCAACAAAAGAUCAGAUAACGCUACUGGAAAAUCUUUACAAGCAAGGAAUACGAACUCCGAGCGCCGAUCAGAUUCAGCAGAUCACCGGCAGGCUCCGUGCGUACGGCCAUAUCGAGGGUAAAAACGUCUUUUACUGGUUUCAGAACCAUAAGGCUAGACAACGCCAAAAGCAGAAACAGGAGCGCAUGGCUUACUUCAAUCGUCUCCUCCACAAAACCUCCCGUUUCUUCCACCCUCCUCCUUGUUCAAACGUGGGUUGUGUUAGUCCGUACUAUUUGCAGCAAGUAGGUUUGAAUCAGCAACAUGGAAGUGUAUACACAAACGAUCUUCUUCACAGAAACAAUGUGAUGAUUCCAAGUGGUGGCUACGAGAAACGGACAACCACAGAACAUAAGAAACAACUUUCAGACUCAACAUCAACUAGAAUGCCAAUGUCUUCGAGCUCACUCAGAUAUGACAGAUUUGCCCUUCGUGAUCACUGUUAUUACGGUGAGGGCAUUAACGGCAAUUCCAGUGGGCGGAAAACACUUCCUCUUUUUCCACUUCAGCCUUUGGAUGCCACUAAUGACGAUGGUGUUGGAAAUUCCAGUUUUGCCCUUGGUAGUGAUUCUCCGGGGGUUUGUUCUGGCGACGGUGGCGGCCGAGAGCAGCCGUUUAUUGAUUUCUUUUCUGGUGGGACUAGUCGUCGUUUCGAUAGUAGUGGAAAUGCGUUGUAACGAGGGGUUAAUGAAACUUAUAUUUUAUGUUAUCGUUAGUUGCUUUUUUUUUUUUUUUUUUU